AUGACAAACAUGCUGACUUUUAACGAGUUUGUUCGAGAUACGUGGGCAUGGCAUGUCAUUCGUGCGGUAACGAGAGCCAAAUACCCGGCGUUCCAAUACUUUGACGAGAGGCACCCCUUGAUCCGUCAACGAUACACGGAAAGGAGCUAUGAUCGGUCUAACUCAGGAGUAUCGCAAGCUUCGAGACACACCGAAGUUCGAGGAUUCUCGCUGGACUCCGAGAAGGCGGACAACGACUUCCUCAACCAGACUAUCAGCCGCACGACGUGGGAAAAGUAUGGAAUCGAGAACAGGAGGGGUCUACAUCUCGUCGAGUUCUUGCCGAAUGACCCAGAGGUACAGAAAUACUCCCUUUCAUCUAUCCAUCACUUGACGCCGGAGUUAAAACAUGAUGAACAGAACCCGAGAAACUGGUGCGUCUUGAAGAAGGCUAUCGUCAGUUUCCACGUAUGUCUGCUCGUCAUCGCCGUCUACGCAGGAGCAUCCAUCUACACCGUCGGCACCCAUGGCGUCCGUGAGCAAUUUGGCGUCUCGGAAGUUGUCGCCCUCCUAGGCCUGACAGUCUUCGUCCUAGGCUACGGUCUCGGACCAAUGGUCUGGGGCCCCCUCUCCGAGAUCCCCCAAAUCGGCCGCAACCUAAUCUAUAUCCCCGCCCUCGCCGUCUUCGGCCUCGCGCAGAUCCCCAUCGCCCUCGCCACCAGCAUCGGCAUGCUCUUCGGCUUCCGCUUCCUCGCCGGUUUCUUCGGCUCCCCCGUCCUCGGAUCCGGCGGCGGCAUCCUCAUCGACAUGUACGCCUCCCGCAAACACACCUACGCAUUAGCAUCCUUCUCCCUCAUCGGCAUAUGCGGCCCCACCAUCGGCCCCAUUGUCGGCGGCUUCGCCGUCGAGCUCAAAGGGUGGGCCUGGUCCGCCUGGAUCGUCUCCUGGCUCGCCGCCUGGACCCUCGCCGUGCUCAUCUUCUUCCUCCCCGAGACGAGCGCCGACAACAUUCUCUACCGGCGCGCCAUGCGUCUCCGAAAAGUCACGGGCGACUCGGGCUUCGUCUGCGAGGCGCAGCUCAGGGCAGAUUACACCUCCGGCACUGAGGUCUUCAAGGCCCACCUCGUCAGGCCCUUCACCCUCUUCCUGACAGAGCCAGCCGUCUUCUUCCUCAACCUGUACAGCGCCUUCACGUACGGCCUCAUGUACAUUUGGUUCGAGGCGUUUCCCCUGGCGUACGGCGAGGUUUACCACUUUGGCACGGGAAAGCAAAGGAUAGCGCUACUGGGCCUCAUCGUCGGCGUCCUCCUCACCAUCCCGCCCUUCUUCCUGUACUACCGCAAACGCAUCGAGCCCCAUUUCGACCGCGACGGCAACAUUGAGCCGGAAAAGCACCUCCACCCGGCCAUGGUAGGCUGCCUCUUCAUACCCGCUAGCCUCGUCUGGUUCGGGUGGACGGCACGCCCCUCCAUCAGCUAUCUGGUUCCCAUCGUCGGCUCGUCGCUUUUCACGGCGGGUGGCUUGCUCCUCUACAUGUCCAUCCUCAACUACCUCACCGAGUCGUACCCGGACCACGUCAGCUCUGUCCUCGCCGGGAACGAGCUCUUCAACAGCAUCUGCGGGGCGACGUUCCCGCUCCUCAUACCGCCAAUGUACUACAAGUUCGGCGUCCUCGGCUCGAGCAUGAUCCUGGCCAUCUUCGCCGUUGCGUUUGUGCCUCUGCCGUUUAUUUUAUACAUGAGGGGAGCUAGACUUAGGAAACAGAGUAGUUACGCGAGAAAAGGCAUGUGA